AUGGCUGAUCUUCCCUACGGACCCCCAGUGAGAGUUUCACCCUUGAUCAGAUUUGGCCGUUGGUCAUUUCUGACAGCUGGUAUCUUGUAUGGUGCAUUCCACCAAAACAGGCUUUCUAAAAGGGAAGUUAAGAUCCGAGAGGUUGAAGCUAAGGAGAAGGCUAUCAGGGACGAAAAGAUCAAGCGAGAAAAAGCAAUUGCUGCCGCUGCCGAAUUGAAGAAUUUGGAGGAAAUGGUAAACAAAAAAGAUUAA